CAGAAUCAAAAUCGAACUCAAUCAUCACUCAAAAAUGCCAAUCCCAAUCUUCGAAACUUGCCGUAAGAGAAAACGAAAGCCGAGAGUUUACAAUCUUCAACGAUUCGGAGAAGAUGGGUUUCCGAUACACCGGAACGGAACUUUCCGACAUCAAAUUAGGGUUUUUUUACGAGAUUGUGCCGAGGUUGAAGAUUAUGAUCUCCGUGGUAUGCCUGUUUGGUGUACUCUCUUUAGCCAUGAGACGAAGAGUUCUCUGGUUCCACUUUACAUCGUUGAAGAAAAUGUGAUUCACUCAUCAGAACCAUACUGCGAUCACUGUCGAUGCACAGGUUGGAGUAAUCACUUUGUGUCCAAGAGAAAAUAUCACUUCAUUAUUCCGAAUGAUUCUGAGUGGAGUUUGCCAUUAGAAGAGGAUGCUUUUGAUUUUCAAACUCAUGCUUUACAUGGUUUGAUACAUUGUAAUGGUUUUGGACAUUUGGUAUGUGUCAAUGGUAUGGAAGGAGGUUCAAAGUACUUAUGCGGAAGAGAGAUUGUGGAAUUUUGGGAUCGGAUUUGUAAUAGUCUUGGAGCAAGGAUGAUUACGGUUGAAGAUUUGGCUAAGAAGAGGUCUUUGGAAUUGAGGUUGUUGUAUGGUGUUGCUUAUGGUCACUCUUGGUUUGGUAGAUGGGGAUAUAAGUUUUGUCGUGGGAGUUAUGGUGUGAGUAAGAGUGAUUAUGAGAAUGCUAUUGAGCUUCUAGGCUCACUUGAGCUUGAUCGGAUUGAGUGUGAUAUCAGUGAGCUUGGACAGUCUAAGGUGAUCAAACAGGUUAUUCGAUAUUAUAGAGAAAUGAGUGAAGGCCAUUUGAAGACAGUGAGAGAUCUUUUGCGGUUCAUGCUCAUUAUUAAGUCUCAUGCUUCUCCUCAAAAGCUUCUUCCUGCGACUCCUUCUCUCUUGACUGAUUCUCCACAUCAGAAAAGGUCAAAUAGGUUGCUUUUGAAGAAAAGCGAUGUUGCGGAUAAUGACAAGUCUCCGAAAUAUAGGAACUAUAGUACUGUCGCUGCAAAUUUGGGUAGUAGAUGGCCUGUGAGGAGACUAAUAUUUGCAGCUGAAGUGAUAGUAGAUUCACUGAAAGAGAUGAAAGCAUUGAAGCCGAAUGGUAUGACUCGACAAGAUGUUAGGGAUUCAGCUAGAUUGCAUAUUGGAGAUACUGGUCUGCUGGAUUACGUGCUGAAGUCGAUGAACAAUGUGGUCGUUGGGGAUGUUUUGGUUCGACGUUAUGUUGAUCCCAUGACACGUAUUCUGCACUAUACAAUCCAGGAGCUUGAUGAUGCGAUGAAAGCUGUAGAAUCGAAGAAAGAAGAAGCUGUGGUGCUAGAGGAGAUUACUCCUUUGAGGAUUUUUACUCCAUUGAAAGCUGGAGCUGAUGUUUAUGGAGAUUUGUUGUUACUAUACACAAAUGUGCUGUUGAACUAUCCAGAAUCUGAGCUAGUGAGAUCUGCAACUCAAGCAAUCUUAGACAGCAAGCACUUCGUUAAGGAGUGGCCUUUAUGGGACGACAACAAUGACAAAGUAUUACAAUUUGUUUGCCGUAUCAAUCCAAGUUUGAUUGAUAUGAGAUCAGAACAGAUCACAGAGCUGCCUCCAGGUGAAUUAGUUACAGUGCCAUUACAAGCCACAGUCUUUGAUCUAAAGCAAGCCAUUGAAGACACUUUCAGAGAUACUUACUGCAUCUUGUCAAAUUUUGUGGUGAAUGAGAUUGAAGAGGUUAAAGAAGAUAUGAGUUUGACCGAGUCUUGUUCUGCUUUAACAGUUAGAGGUCAUGGGAUUGAUUUGGAAUCAAAACUCAAGUGUCAAGGUGGAUGUGAUACAUGGAUGGUGAAAUGUAUUUGCAGGGCUAGAGAUGAUGAUGGCGAGAGAAUGAUAUCGUGUGAUGUCUGCGAAGUAUGGCAACAUACACGAUGUUGCGGUAUCGAUGAUUCAGAUACUUUGCCUCCACUUUUUGUUUGCUCGAAUUGCUGUGAAGAAUUUGCAGAGCAACAGAGGAAAGUGUUGCAGCCCAAAUAUGAGUUUCCGAGUUCAGAGAACAUGUUUCUGAUCGAAUCUGCAGAUGCUUUCUUUGGAGAUCAGAGAUGUCUUGGUAUGAUUUUCCCUGAAGAAAACUAUCUCUUGUAAAAGUCAGUUUAGGAUCAAUACAUUGUAGAUAAUCAA